AUGCAUCCGCCUCUCACCCUUCACAGGCACCCAAUGUGCGCUGAUGUACGUUUUGUCACUAACUGUCUCUAAUUCUAUGCAGCUUUUAGCUUAUGUCACUUCAUUGAUUUCUUCUCGCAGAGAAAUCAAAGAAUAUGCUUCCAUCAAUAUAUCCGAUUUAGGAUUCUACAACCUGACAGCAUGUAGAGUGAUCACGUAGUGGCGAGAUUUUGAGUGGACUUUUGGUCCUCAACUUGUUCUUGGCUGGUUUUCUUGUGGAUUGACAGUGAUCAAGUCACAGAGACUUGCUGCACCGCUCAGAUAAUCCUCAAGCCAUAUCUGACUCGUUUUCGUUCUUAGAGAUCCGAGUUGUGGAUGGUUCUGAUAGAGCAGUCUUUGUCACGUAGGUUGUAAUUUAAACUCCUUAUCUGUGAUCUUUGGCAUCUUACAGUAGGAUUGUGUGUCCUUGGUCCACCUUUUAGCUUAAAUCUACUGAAUUAAAUAUGGCAUCUCUCAACACUUCUCUUGAUAAUCAGUACUAGAGGUUAAUCAUUCACUCUUGCUUGGAAUAAUCAAGGGAGGAGAUUCCUACGGACUUCCUGGUUACAAAGCGUCUUCUUUGAAGAGUCCUGCUCUGAUACGUCCUGUUUAUUUCAAAAGCCAUGCUACCUAAGCAUGCUAUUGCAUUCUGCAAAAAAUAUGCAUAUUCAAAGUAACACUAUCUUCGAGUGACACCAUGGCUUGAUUGUAAGGUAAAUCUUACGCAAAUUAUUUGCCCAUUUGAAAUUUCUAGAUUUAAAUCAAACGUAGGGGAAACCAUAUUAAACUUAGGGAGAAGGAGUGGAGAGAAGCUAGCUGGAAGAUUGGAAAGCACUACCUUAUUAGUACACAGUCAAUCCAUUAUGCAUGAAUACACAUUCCGCAUAUUUAAUCUGCUCAAAUAUCUCUCCAUUGAGCGCAAGCUCUGGAUGUGUGCCUGCUCGGUAAAUUCGAUGCUUCUUCAGUCAAAUACAAGCUACUGUAUCCUAUUUUUUUCCUAUUUAUCAAAAAUCAACUAUUUUCAUGGAAACCAUUCAAAAAACUUGCAUGAAUUUUAGGGUCACGUUUGUGGCUCUCUUGUCUCAAAUACUGGUUCGUAACUAUGAAUAAAUAACUCAGCCAACUACUUGCACAUCCGUCCCAUUCAUUGUCUCCCAUCUCCUAAGCUGAGCCAGAUAUACUUCAUUAACCAAUACGUGGAAGGAUUAUCGGCAGCGAUUCGUUUGAAUUCUUCAACACGAUGAGGAGACGUCUAGAGCAAUUCCCUCCACCCUUCAACUUUCAGAGAAACCAUCAAGUCAUUGUCAUAAUUCAUUUUUUCAGUCCCCACCAUGGAAUUCAUCAGGCCUCUGUUUUAUUAUCUGUGCAAGAUUUCCAAUGAAAUGCUAUUUAUACCCUUCUCGUUCUGGUCGUAAUCCUCAACAUCCAUUAUAUAUCAAACUGAAACUGCAAAUCCAGCUUUUCUCUCUCAUAAUCGGGCACAUGUUCCAGUGGGAGACACUCAUUCCAGCUGGGGUAGAAUCACACAGAGCGGAGCCAUCAGGAUUCAGUUCAGGGAUAUCCUAUCUCACACAAAACUUGAUUGGGCCCACAUUAUCUACUAACCCAUAGUCAUGGUUGUCACAUCAAUAUGGAUAAAUAGAAAGGGGCAGAAUAGUACUUGCGUCAAUGAUCGAUGACAGGCUGGAUUAAAAUUAUUUCUUCUAUUAUCCUUGAUCCAUCAGCUUCAACCCUGAGAUAGUGAUUGACUGCUACCGUAAGCCACUCCCGUCAGCUAUCCUUUGCGUAGCACACUCAAGAUUUUCACAUGUGCUCUUGACUUUAUGUAUCCUUCGCCCAACCUUAUACUACUCCUGCAGAUUAUCGAAGAAUUCCAGAAGUGCCAUGCAGACCAUCCUAUUGCGAAAUUCUUUGGUGAGUGUACAGAAUUGAAGAUAAAAUUGGACCGUUGUUUCCGACAGGAGGUGUGUUGUUGACUCCUUGGUUUACCAUUGAUCAUCCUCAUCUGUGGAAUCCUCAGCGAGUCUGUGCUUUCUUCCCCAUGCAGAAAGCCUUGAAGAGGAAGGCCAAUUUUGAGGAGAGCAUGAAGUUCAAAGAAAGGCUACAAGCUUAUAGAAAAGACGAGGCAGAAAAAGACUCGCAAUGA